AUGGGGGGAACGGGGGGCGGAUGGGCCGGGCUGGGUGGUACUGGGCUGUACUGGGCCCUGCUGUGCUGUCAUGGACUGUGCUGGGCUGUGUUGGGUGGUAAUUGGUGGCACUGGGUGGUACUGGGCUGUGCUGGGUGGUACUGGGCCGUAUUGGGCCUUGUUAGGUGGUACUGGGCUGUAUUGUGAUGUGCUGGACUAUACUGGGCAGCACUUGGCUUAUACUGGGUGGUACUGGAGCCUACUGGGCAAUGAUGGGCUGUGAUGCUCUACACUGGGCUGUGUUGGGCCUUACUAGGCGGUACUGGGCUAUGCUGGGAUGUGCUGCUCUAUUCUGGGCAAUACUGGGACGUAUUGGCCCCUGCUGGGCUGUACUGGGCAGUAGUGGUGGUACGGGACUAUACUGGGUGGUACUGGGCUCUGCUGGGUUAUAUUGGGCAGUACAGGGCUUUGCUUUGCUAGGCAGUACUGGGCUCAUCUAGGCUGUGCUACUCUGUACUGGCAGGUCCUGGGACCUACUAGGUCCUGCUGCGUUGUGCUGUGCUGGACCCUGCUGGGCAGCACUGUUCUAUACUGGAUGGUACUGGGAGGUACUGGGCUGUGCUGGGCCUUACUGCAGUGUUCUGGGCCCUAUAGGGCUAUGCUGGGCCUUACUGGAUGGUACUGGGUUGUGUUGGGCUAGGCUGGGCUCUGUUGAGUUAUACUGGGGUAGUAGUGGACUCUUCUGGGCUGUGCUUCAUUUUAUAGGGCUAUACUGAAUUCUGCUGGACUGUGUUGUGCCUUUCUGGGUUGUACUGGGUUGUACUGGGCCAUACUGGACAGUACUGGACUCCUUUGAGCUGUGCUGGGUCCUAUUGCGUUAUACUAGGUGAUGCUGGUCAGUACUGAGUUGUGCUGGGCCUUACUCUGUGGUAGAGAUAUAUUGGGCUGUCCCCAAUUUUACUGGGGCAUACUGGGUUCUGCUGGACCUUACUGAGUUGUACUGGGCCAUACUAGGCUGUGUUGGACUUAUACUGGGUCGUGUUGGUUUAUAUAGGGCUGUGUUGGGCUGUACAGGGCUAUGCUGGGCUUAUAUUGGGCUCUCUUGGUUUACACUGGGCUACUCUGGGCCAUACUGGGCUGUAUUGGACCAUCUCAGGCUAUAUUGGCCCGUACUGGGACCAUUUUGGUUUGCACUGGGCCAGAAUGGGCCAUACUGGAGCAUUCUAGGCCAUACUGGGCCAUCCUACACUAUGUUGCAGUACUGUGACUUGUACUGGCCAACACUGGGCUGUGCCCACAGUGACCUUUACUGGGCCGUACUGGGUUGUGUUGGAAUGUACUGGACUGUACUGGGCUUUUCUGUGCCUCAGAAAAGGCACAGGCCUCUCUGGGUCAUACAGGGCUGUACAGAGGCGUACUGGGGUGUAUUGGUGUGUACUGGUCCAUACUGGCUCAUCCCUUGUCCCACAGGCCCUGUGGCGACACCCGGUCGGGAUCAAGAUGGAGCUGUGAGACGAGGUACUGGGCUCACGGGAUCACUCGUGGUAUUGCACAUGGGAACCACACACAGGAUCACGUGGGCUCACAUACAGGAUCAGACAGGAUCAUACAGAGAGUUAUGAGAUCACAUGGGAUCGUGCAUGGGAUUGCUUAGGAUCACACAAAGGGUCACAUGGGAGUGGGGACAGGAUCACACAGGAUCUACAUGGGAUCACACAGAGGAUUGCACAUGGGAUUAUGGGAUCGUGGAAUCACAUGCGGGACUGUACAUGGAUCACACCUGGGAUCACACAGGAUCGCACCACGGGAUCACAUGGGACUACUCCGCGUGGAAUUAUGGCAUCACACACUGCAUUGCGCAUGGUAUCAUAUGGGAUCACACACAGGGUUGCAUGGGGAUGGGUGCAGGACCAUACAUGGGAUUAUGGGAUCACACCCGAAAUAACGUGGGAUUGUCUCACACGGGCUCACCCCAACCUCACACCCCUCCCCCGGGCUCACCCCCAGGCCGGCGCAGGAUGGCGAAGCUGCUGGUGCCGCUGGUGGUGCUGGGGGCGGUGGCACAGCGCUGCCCCCCGCGCUGCCUCUGUCCCGCAGCUGCCCCCAGCCCCACGCUGCUGUGCGCCCGCACGGGGCUGCUGGCGGUGCCGCCCAGCCUGGACCGCGGAGCCGUGGAACUGCGCCUGGCCGACAACUUCAUCGGGGCCGUGGGCCGCGCCGACUUCGCCAACAUGAGCAGCCUGGUGCACCUGACGCUGUCGCGCAACGGGCUGCGCCGCCUGGCACCCGGCGCCUUCGCUGACCUGCGGGCGCUGCGGGCGCUGCACCUGGAUGGCAACCGGCUGCCGGCGCUCAGCGGCCCGCAGCUGCGCGGCCUGGCCAGCCUGCGGCACCUCAUCCUGGCCAACAACCAGCUGGCCACCAUCGAGCCCGCCGCCUUCGCCGCCUUCGCCGCCACUGUGGAGGACUUGGACCUGUCGCACAACAACCUGCCGGCGCUGCCCUGGGAGGCGGUGGCGGCCAUGGCCAGCCUGGCCACUCUGACGCUGGACCAUAACCUGCUGGAGCGCGUCCCCGCCACCGCGCUCACCCGCCUGCCGCGCUUGGCCCGUCUAGACCUGACCGCCAACCGCCUGCGAGCGCUGCCCCCGGUGCCGGGCCCGCCGGGGCCCAGCCUGGCGGCGGGAGGUAACCCGCUGCACUGCAACUGUGAGCUGCUGUGGCUGCGGCGCCUGGCGCGGCCCGACGGGCUGGAGAGCUGCGCCUCGCCGCCGUCACUCGCCGGCCGCCUGCUCUGGGCUGUGCCCGAGGAGGAGCUGGCGUGCCGCGCGCCCCACAUCGCCGGAGCAGCUGCCAGUCCCAGCGCGGUGCUGGAAGGGCAACCGCUGCGCCUGGGCUGUGCCGCCAAUGGGGACCCUCCGCCCGCGCUGCACUGGUUGGGCCCCGACGGGCGCUUGGUGCAGAACGGCUCGCGGCGGGCACUGGGCGCCGAUGGCUCCUUGCAGCUGCGUGUGGCCACGCUGCGUGACCACGGCGCCUUCACUUGCGUGGCCUCCAACGCUGCCGGGGAGGCCGCUGCCCGCGUGGAGGUGGCGGUUCUGCCGCUGCCGGUGCCGCACCGUCACGGGGAUGGGGAUGGGGAGGCGCAGUCUGGUCCCAGCCCCUCAGACAUGGCGCGUGCAGGAGCCAAUGAGUCGCUGCCAGCAGGCGCGGAGCGGCGCAUCGUGGCGGCGGAUCUGACGGCGUCGUCGGCGCGCAUCCGCUGGCUGCCGCAGCGCCACGUGCCUGGGCUGCGCAUGUUCCAGAUCCAGUACAACAGCUCCAUCGAUGACUCGCUCGUCUACAGGCUGCUGCCCCCCUCCAGCCGGAGCUUCGUGCUGCGGGAUUUGGCCGCGGGCCGCGAGUACGACCUCUGCGUCUCUGCGCUCUACGCCGAAGGCACCGCUGCACCACCCGCGUCCCGCGCUCUGGGCUGCGUCCGCUUCGCCACCGCUGGGGGGGCCCCGGGCUGCGCCGCCCCCCGGCCCCAUUUCCUGGGGGGCACCGUCAUCAUCGUCAUCGGCGCUGCCAUCGCCGCCUCCGUCCUCGUCUUCAUCCUCAUCCUCACCGCCCGCUACAAGGCCGCCCGCCGCCCGCCCGCCGCCGUCGCCAGCGUCUGCUCGCAGACCAACGGCACCCACAGAGCCCCGGAGCCCGAACCGCCCCCCCCGCAGCCCCUGGCGGUGCCCGCGGUGCCCCCACCCCUGAGCGCUCCUGGCGGCGCCCGCGCGCUGUUCCCCAGCCACAGCUUCCCGCGGCGCGCCCGGACUCGGCGGCAUGGAUCGCUGCCGCGCCUCGACGCGCCCGACACGCUGCCCGCGCUGCGCCCGUCCUUCGGCAGCACCCACUGGAUGCUGGAGAGCACCGUCUGACGGGGGGCGGCACCCCGGGGUGCUGGUGGCGGCGCUGGGGGGUGCCCCUGCGUGCGCCCUUGGGUGCUAGAGGCGGCUCCAGGUGCUGGUGAGCGCCCCUAGGGGCUGGAAGGCAGCGCAGGGUGCUCCUCCGCACCCUUGAAUGCCAGUGGACCUUUGGGUGCCCAAAUGCAGCCCUGGGUGCCUCCCGGCUUCUUUGGGUGCCAGUGGACACGGGGGGGGGGGGGUCUAAGUAUACCCUUGGAUGCCCCUCUGCACCUUUAGCUGCUCCUCUGCACCCCUGGGUGCCAGUGGACCCCUUGGGAGUCUGAAUGCACCCUGGGCACUGGCGCACCCAUGGGUGCAGCUUUGGGUGCUGGAGGUGGCUCCAGGUGCUGGUGAGCAGCUGCGGGUGCCCUUAGGGGCUUGAAAACAGCUGGGGGGGGGCUCCUCUACACCCUUGGGUGCCCCAAUGCAGUACUGGGUGCCACUGAACAUGGGGGUCCAAACACACCCUUGGAUGCCCCUCAGCACCUUUGGGUGCUCCUCUGCGCCCCUGGGUGCCAGUGGACACCACGGGUCUGAAUGCCCCAGGGCACCCGCACACCCACGGGUGCCCUCGUGCAGCCUCAGCACCUUUGGGUGCCCCCACCAUAUGCACCCACUCGGUACCCCCCCGCCCCCGGGGCGCCCUUGGGUGCUCCCCCCCACCCCGACACACGUUGCGCCUGGCCCCCCCCGCGGUGCCUUCGGCCGGGCGGCGGCGGGGGGGCCCCGCGCACGCCCCCGCAAUGUCUGCACAGAUGACACGAGCCCCGCAGCCCCCCCCGAUCUGGCUGGUCUGGAUACCCCGCGGGGGUCGGGCCCCC